AUGGUUGGAAAGAAAAACCCUAUCAUAGGCAGAAAUUUCGAUCUGUCGCCUGGCGUGCUGCGAUUUUCCACUGCUCGACUUCGAUUAAAACGAGGACAAAAAACUCCUAUUAAAAAAGUGGAGAAACAGGUAGUACUUUUUUUUUUACUACUGACGUUUUUUUAUUCGAGGCCAAGAGUCAUUCAGCUAGCGUUUGUUAUUUGAGUGCUGUGGUAUCUCGUAAAUAAAUUUACUUAUUAUGCAAAUAGGGCUUGCAUUUGCUCCCCUAUUUCACCUCAGAGUUAUACAAUCGUUUCAUAUUAAGAAAAAAUUUCAUCUUCAUCUCUGCGCACAUGUACUUAUAUUUAUGCAGAUUUACAGACGGAGAAGCUUUUGCCUCUCCAAAGAACCGGCAAGAAGUUCGAACUCGGGCAUGCACAGAAAAGAUCAGGUGGCAAAGCCAUUGCUCCUGGAACUGUUCUGAUUAUCCUUGCUGGUCGUCAUAAGGGCAAGCGCGUUGUCUUCCUCAAGACUCUACCCUCUGGUCUUCUACUUGUUACAGGCUAGUUUUUAUUUUGGAAUUAGACGCGCCAGUAAGAGACAAAUUAUUAUUUCUUGAUAACUUUGUAUAAUUAUGGCGCAAAAUAGUAGAGAAGAUGUGUUACUUUCCAUUUCCUCCUUUGUUUUGGCGAGUGUCAAACUCUUCCCACAGUUUUUUUGAAUCAUAUAAAUUUGGUUUUUUUAUCUUCGAUUAAUUUAGGCCCGCACAGACUCAAUGGAUGUCCGCUGCGAAGAAUAGCGUCAGCUUUUGUCAUCAGAACUUCUUUGAAGCUUGAUAUUUCUGGCGUUAAUGUUCCUGACCACUUGACAGAUGAUUACUUCAAAAGAAAGUCUCUCGAAUCCAAGAAAGGAAAUAACAUCUUUGCGUCUGGAGUUUCUCAAUACAAGGUAAUUUUUUAAUCCCGUGUUCAAAGUAAUUUCCGCGAAAUGCAAAAUGCUCUCUGACUCGCCAAAAUUGAGUUAUCUUUUUCUUUCUCUGGCGACUAUUUUUAACUUCGCGAAAUCACUUCUUUGAACACAAAGGCAGAUAAUUUUGCAUUUGAAAAUUAGGUGGUAUGAAAAAAAAGCCAGCGAAUUUUCAAACGGCGACUUUUCCGUUUAACAAUAAAUGUUGCUUUCGAAAUGAUUCUUCGUAUCGAAUUUUUCCAAAAAAAAAAGUUCUUUUCAGGUUUCUGAGCAAAGGAAAAACGACACCAAGGCUGUUGAUGGAGCUGUCCUUGCUGCUAUCAAGAAGCACGCUGACCGUAAACAUUUGUUGGGAUACUUGAGUACGUUGUUCUCUCUCAGCAAAAACCAAUACCCGCACAACCUUGUUUUCUAAUUUUAUUGUUACUGAAUGAAUUAUUGAAUGUACAUUUUUUGCGUUGUAUUUCCGCAGGUAAAGGCCACAAUUGAUCUCUGGUUGAAUUAUUUCACUUUCACAGCUUCAUGAAAAAAGGAUUUCACCUACAACAAAGUUUUCUUGAGUUUCUGAUGAUUAUAAGAUAAACUGAAAUAUAUUGCAGUUGAUCUUAGACUUAUCAAAUGACGAAAAAUACUAUAGAAUUCAGUUGAAAAUUUUCACAUAUGUAAAUUCAUGAAAAAAAGUUGUAUAAGCGCUGACUGAAAAGUUGAAUGCGACGGAAAGUGAUGAGAGAAAGAGAAGACAUGACUGGCCGAAAUUUGUAUAAGUUUGUAGUUUCAACUAUUUCAGGAAGUAAGUAAAAGUUGGAUUUUUUUAUCUUUUUUCAGUGACUCGAUUUUUUUGAAAGAACUUUUUUUCGGCGAGUAGCUUUGCGGAAAUCAACAUCUCUAAUUCCGUGAUUCAUUUUGUUCUCACUCUGACUGCCGUUUUUAUUUUGAGGAAUUAUUUCGAGCACUGCACAAAAUAACGUCAUUCAAAGGUGUACUUUGAGAUCGUCAGAAAGUCGAAAAGAUAAUGAAAAUUGGGGAGUCAUAGAUUUUUAUAACUUCCCAGAAAUUAUUUUCAACGUGGGUUUAAAUAAAAAAUAGUUUGACCAAGGAGUUGGAAAAUAUUUGAUGAAUUUCUCCAUCGCCGUUCAAAGUCGCGCAGAUCAGGCACCUCAAAUAGUCGGCCAGAUCCGCCUCUGUCUAGGCUCUCCGACCGCGCUGUGUGCUUUUGUUACACACCGGCUGGCUCUCGUGAGAGCCACCGUCCUCGGGGUACUCCAGAGGCAUCCAGCAUAUUCCAGAACAUUGCAAAAUAAUAGUCCGCCUUGAGCUUGUAAGUAUAUAUUGACUCUCUUUAUCUCGAAAGGUAUAACUCUGAACUCUUUUUUAUGGUUAUAGUAAUCUUUUAUGAAAAUCUGCUGUUUUAGAAUAUGAAUGAACUAGUUUUAAUUAUUUUUCGCUUCAUACUGCUCCAGAUCAACUUGAGGGAACCUUCUUUGAGGACAUCACCCAUUUAGAUCUUGUGUUAUUUACUUUUCCAAUGUCUUAACAGUAGUUCCUCCUCAUUUUCUUAACUCAUAUCGUCCUGAAUUCAACUACUUAAACUUUCUUUUCUUCGUUCAUACAUUUUUUUUUAAAAUUUUAGUAUAGUUUUCUGAUGAGUGCUGAUUUUUCUCUGAAGGCCAGUCGAAAAUUAAAUUGCUUUCAGGUAAUGGGAGCAGAACCAGAACCCCAGGUGACUCCCGAUAAAUUGCGCGAUCAGGGAAAUGAAGCCGUUCGUGCUGGGGAGUACGCUCAGGCCGACGAAUUGUUAGUUUCGUUGCGAAAACUGAAAAAAUCUUCUUAAACGCUUUUCAGGUACACCGAAGCGUUGCAGUUGACAACGGAGGAUCAGAAGGAGAUCCGGUCGGUAUUGUACCGCAACAGGGCCCUUGCAAGGCUGAAAAGGGAAGAUUUCCAAGGCGCCGAGACGGACGCCACGAAAGGUUGGUUUUUUUUCGGUUAAAGACUUCUUUUCGAGAAUAUCUGUUUUUACGAAUGCUUCAGAAAAUUGAAACUUAAAACUCCGAAUUUUGAAAAGCUUUAAUAGUAUAAUAGGGCCUUUUCAUAAUUUUGCGAAAAUCAUUUCUCAAUAUUGUUAAUUUUUUUUUCCAAUGAGUUAUUUCGUUUUCUAAAUUUUCUUAUUUUUUUUUGUCCUGACAGGCAUUCUUACUCCGUUUCAAUUUUUGCUCCGAUCUGAUCGAAAUUAAAACUUUUAAUCACAGGCUCAUCGAAAAAAAAGUCAAUGAAUGCGAAACUCUCGAAUAAAUUCCUUACUAUUGUUGAAGUUAUUUUUUGAUUGCACAAUUCUUCAUUCAGCGAAUGUUAGGUUGAAUUUUCAAAUCUUCAAUCGUUUAAAUUUUUAGAUUCGUAGAUUUUUAAAUUCAUUCCGCUGUCCAUAAACGCAUAUGAAGCAGAGAAACUCAAACAUUCUAUAGAAAAAUACUAUUUCAUACCAUGAUAUAUUAGAGAACAUUGGAAACCGUGAUUUUUUUGUGAGAAAACUGUUACUGUCUUUGAAUACUAUUAUUUGGGUGGGCGGUCAGAAAAGAGCGUUAUGAUGGGGUUCAUUCUGCUAAUAUAUAAUGUAAAUAUUAAAGUAUUUCCCAAUCGAAAAUAUGAUUCAUGACCAAGUUCUAGGCUGAGAAUAAAUUUCCUCUUGAAUCUUUGUUUAAGAUGGAAUCAUGAGAAUAACACCGAUUUCUUAGCAGCCAUGCUAAAGCUAUUCGUUAGAACGUACAUUCAGCUCUCGAGUACGAUGGAGCAGACACGAAGGCUCUUUUCCGACGAGCCUUGGCCAGGGAAAAGCUCGACAUCGUCGGUCCCGCCUUCCAAGACGCCAAGGAAGCUCUCCGAUUGUCGCCCAAUGACAAGUGAAUUUCAUGAAUCUAGCCUUUUUUUUUUCAAAGUAGGAUCGACUUUAGCUCUGUAGGAAUCUCCGAAUGUUCGGUAGUUCUAAAAAAGGCUUUGCUUUCCGAAACUCGUUUAACCUAUGCGAAUUUAGAAGGUUAAAAGCUCCAUUCAACUUCCGCUUCUUUGAAAGAAGUUGUUAGUGAAUUUUAGCAGGCUUCAUAUAAUUACAUUUUUGCUGAUAUUGGGGAUCAAAUAACCUGGAAGAAAUCAAAACUUUUCAAAACUUCAAUAUUAAGAUUUUCUGACAUGCAAGACAGUUGAAAAGUAGUGAAUCACGCUUAUAAGGCUAAACAUAUAGGCUGAUUUAGUUUAUAUUUCAUUUUUUUCAAUUGAUGGCACCUAAAAAAAUUAAUUUGAUUCUUGAGAAUAUAGAACUUUAAAAAUGUAGUCAUUCUUUAUUCUGUCUCAAAACUCCUCUCGACUUCAGAGCCAUUGUCGAAGCUCUACAGCGUCUCGUCAAGGCCAAUAAUGACAAAAUCAAGCACGCCACGUCUCUCGCCAACAAAGUAUGUCGAAGAAAGAGUCUUUUAGAGUGUUUUUUUUUCUAGCAAGAUUUAUAAAAAUUUCUUGCUCAAACGAAUUCUGUUUCUCUAGGUAUCCGACAUGGAAAAGCUCGCGUUCCGAGGAGAGGCCAAGGAUUCGGAGCAGAAAUUGACGGUUUUUGAGGAAUUGCUUUAUCAUGAAAUUCUUCGUCUUUCAGGCGUUGAACAACUUGUUGGUGUUGUGCAGAGACUCUGAAUCCGGUGCCACCAGCGUCUGGAACAAGGUAUUGUUGUUGAUUGAAGAAUUUUCUAACGUUUCUGUAUUCCAAAUUCAGUGAAACAUUCCGAGUUCAGUGAACCUUCUAAUAUCCAGGAGUAAAAGUAUGGCUUUUUCAGGGAGCCCUCGUUCCGUUCAUUUUGAAGCUGAUCGGAGACGAAUCCGAGUCUUCUGAAGUCGCCGUCACAGCGACAAGAGUUCUCGAUGAAACUCUCAAGAAUCAUUCCCGUGUUAGUGAAUUUUCCCGUGGUAAAAUAAUAGAGAAAGAAGGAAAUUUACAAAAUUUAAAUGAUUUUUUUUUUCUGCUGGUAGGGCUAAACAAACAUAUCUUAAAUCAAACUCAUGGCUAGGGUUUUUUUUCAUUAAAUUCUUUGGAACGAAAUCUUCUAUCAAUUAUUCGAAGUGAACUUUGCUUCUAGGUAGUUGCGAAAAAAUAAAUGGAAAGUUCGAAAGUUGAAAAAAUAAGUCAAGAAAGGAUCUUCCGCUCUACUUUGUUGAAAAGUUUUGGGUUUACCCGAGAUUUAUUUCAAACUUCAGGGCAUCAUCUGCAAAAUAAAUAUGGUUUAAAGUCUUACUUCAUCUCAAAUUUUCAUAUAUUGUCACUUUUAUGAAAAUUCCUUACAAAUUUUAAAACUUUGGUAUCCAAAAUCACUCUUUGAUGAUUAAUAAACAGAGAAAUUUUACUCCAAUUCAAUCUUCUUGGAUAAAUUUUAUUGUAACUUUCCAUAGUUUCUAUUAGAAUUUCGAUUUUUUAAGUGUUUGUCGUUCUUGGCAAUGCACGACGCCGACGGAAUCAAAUCGGUUCGAUUCGUUUGCCGUUUGAUGACCAAACGAACGGAUAAGGUUUGGUUUGCGUCUUUCGGCUUGGCUUCAGAUGAAAAUAUUGUUCUCAGGAGUUUGUCGACGCCGCGGGGUUGAUCAUCCAAAGAACUUUCAACGCUCUGGCUAAGAUGGAUCGCCAGAAGGAAAUGAAGCCUGAUCCGGAAGUCGCCGAAGGUUGAAUUUCCAAUGAGAAUAAGGAUUGACAAUGAUUAGGUACAAAAUAAUUCUCCUUGUGAAGAAAGAGCCGUGGAUCAGAGAGUUAGGAAAUAAGUUGAGUUAGAAAUCGAACAAAUAUCAAAACUCUUCAAGGUUGAGACUGUAUAAUCUGCUUUUAAAAUUCAUCUUCGGCACGUUCUUGAGAUUUUUUUUUAACACUUAGCUGGUUAUAAGGUCUAAGAAGGUCUGAUGAUUCUGAAAUUAGCGAUUUUCUAAAACCUUUGAUCCGUUUUCUCAUUCAAGAAAUUCAAAAGCGAUUUUUUUUCCUUUUUAUGGAAAUCUCCUUAUAAUUAAAAAAAAAUCUGACAAAACAAUAGCAGAAAUGAAGAAAAAAGCUCUUAUGUUUCAUUUUUUAGCCAGAGCUGCAUUAGCUCGAAAAAAACUGAAAAAAACUUUUUAUUUCAGAGGUAAAAAAAGACAAAAAAACAAAAAAACAAAACUUUAGCAAACAAACUUUGGAUUGUUCGCGUUCUCCUUGAGCUGCAGGAAAUGCUCGUAGAUCCGAAAAUCAAUCCUACGGUUCGUUUUAUUUAAUCAUAUAUUUUUAGCUGAAGAAGCUUGUUUCAUGCUUCAAUUUUCUACCCAUAUCUUUAUUUUUUCAGGUUCGUGAAACGGUCAUCGAUUUGUUGUCGAAGAAUCUGAUGCACAUGGAUGGCGGAAUCCCUCGUGGAUGGUCUUGGAAGUUCGUCGAAGAUCGAGGUUUUACCACAUGUUUAUUAGUUCCUACCUAUUCUUAUGUUUAGGUCUUUUGGCUCUCUUGGAUGUCGCCGGACAGAUUCCAGAGCAGUGUGAAUAUCCAGUAAGAAGAGAAGAGAAAAAUAUGAAAUGUUUGAAAAACUUCUCCAGGUAUCCCACGAAACGCGGCAACAUGUGGCGAUUUGCCUGCAGAAAUUGGACGAAGACAUGGUUUUCGAUACGAAAAGAACCAUUUUCCGCGAACGUGUUGACAUGUUUUUCAAGUUGGUCUUGAGAUUAAAAUUUUACCUUUUUUUCAGUAAAAAGUUUUUGAAAAAAAUUAGUUUAAAAACGAUUUUUGCACCAGCAAAAAAAGUAGUCAAAAAAAGAUAAUUGAAGCUGGCUCGAUCUAUUCAGGAAAAUUUGAGAGAAAGCUUUUCAAAGUUGCUUUAGAAAAUUGGAAAAGUAAAGCCAAGUAAAAAAAUAAUGUUUUAAAUGUAUAAUUAAAAGUUUAAACUCGAAAUCAUGAUUUGAAAAGGCUUUUAAAAAGAAAAAGGCGAAAAAGGAAGAGCGAAAGAGUAGCAUUAUCCUGAAGAGUCGCCAGAGAACGAGAGUGAUGCUGAUUUUCUGGCGUUUCUUCAGGUUGGCGUGUAUCUCUUCUUACCCUCUUCGAAGAGAUCCCGAAUGAAAAUAUAUUCAAAAACGGAGACAAAGAGCGAAAUUUGCAGCGCUUUGAUGGCUCGUGCGAGCGACGACGAACCUGGACGAAAAAUCAGAGUCAAACUUGGCUCUUUCCUCAUUACAAUGCUUCAAGUUGGCACUGAACUUUGAGCUUGAAAAGAGUUUCAAAAUAAUUUAGGGGCCCGUGGACAUUGGCUUGAGUUUGGUUACGAAUGAUCCGAUCACGGCUCUCAUGAUGCAAAUGGCUUCAUCCGAUGAUAAACUGAUGCAGGUCUGAGUUUUCCUUCUUAGUUUUGAUGUUGAUUUUCUUCUCAUUCCAUUAAAAAGUUAUUUAUUUUUCAAGAGUGUUGCCGCUGAACUGAUCGUAUGCACAGUGAGCAAGCACGAACGAGCCACGACUAUUCUGAAGGUUUGAAAAACAUACUCGAUUCAUUUUUAUUAAAGUUUAUCUUUUUAGGUUGGCGUGCCGAUUCUCCGGAAGCUUUUCGAAUCCGACGAUGAAAACGUCAAAGUUCGAGCUCUUGUCGUGAGUUUUUUGGCGUGGAAAAAUAUAUAAAUUUUAGGUUUCAUUUGAAAAAGGGUGAUGUUUUUCAUCUUGUUUCAUGUGUAUUUAGAGAAUUAUAUAUGAGCGAGCAUAGAAAAGUUGUCUGAACUCUCCACAUUCACCGCGCUCUUUAAUCGAAUUUAUGCGCGCUUUGAUGUCUUUUUCUCUUGUUUGAUAAUUCGAUAUCGUGACGGUAAAAUGAGAAAAUAUUGAGACAGUAAAAUAAUGAGAGAGAUAAAUAACUCAGCAUUCAUCCCAGGCUGAUAAAAGAAAUAUCGAAUUUUCCUGAAACGAUCUAAGGUUUUCGCGAAAUUUUUUCAGACUGAACUAAUUUGAUUUUAAAUGCAUUCCGCGUUUCAAAAAAUAAGUCAGAUAUCGGAGUUAAAAAAAAGUUUUCUCUUGUAGUUAAGGUUCGUUCAGACAAGUUCGAUGAGUCUUGAAAUAACAUUAAAAAGCUUCUGACGCUAAGACUAUUUUCGAUUUGUUUUUCUUCAACGUCCCAGCAAACGUUUCAAAAUAAAAUAUGUAAUGAUGAAUUCAAUUCUGAAGGGUUUGUGCAAAUGCGGUGCCGCCGGCGGGGACGAUAUUUCGAGGGCGACGAUGAAAGAAGAGGCCGUUCUGAAGUUGGCGAGCACCUGCAAGAAGUUCCUGCUCGACCACAAGAAGUACAGCGUCGACGUCAGGAAGUGAGUCUGAGAAGUCGAAAAUCGGAAAAUGAUAAGGAAAGUGCAGAUUCGCCUGCGAGGGCCUCUCGUACCUUUCGCUCGACGCCGACGUCAAGGAGUGGAUCGUCGAGGAUUCCUUGCUUCUGAAGGCGCUUCUGCUUCUUGCCCAGAAGGCCGGAUCCCUUUGCGUGUUCGUUCUUGCUUUUCACAGAGGAAGAGCAAAAAGUGGUGGUGUCAGAAUUCGAUGAAACUUCGUAUAGGAGUAUCUUCGAACAUGUUGAUUCGAUAACAAGGGCGACUUUUGCGUUUCAUUUUGGCUAGCAUAAUUCAAAAAUUAGCACAAAAAAUGAGCUUCACUUUUUCUCACUACGUAUUUUUUAGACCUAGACUUUUCAGGUAUACCUUGGCUUCAAUCUAUGUAAAUUUGACGAACGCCUACGAAAAACCAAAAGUCGACGAGGAAAUGGUCAAAUUGGCACAGGUGGAUUUUUUUCUUUCAAAUGCGGUGGUGGAAUAGAACAUUUGAUAAAGACAUAAAGAAAAAGAGAAAUAUUGCAGUUCGCCAAGCACCACGUGCCAGAAGUUCAUCCCAAAGAUACAGACGAGUUCGUGGAAAAGAGAAUUCGAGCCCUGGUCGACGAAGGUUCCCAAAUCCUUCUUUUCUCACAGAAAUUUUUCCAAAAUAAUGUUCAGGAGCUGUGUCAGCGUGUGUAGCUGUGAGCAAGACCGACAGCAAAAACGCUCUUGAGCUCAUCGCUAGGUUAUUUGAGCUCUUUCCAGCGGAAUUCACUGAGAAUAUUGUUUUCAGAGCCCUUCUGGCCUUCUCCGAGUUCGAAGACAUUCGCGGGAAAAUUAUCAGCGAAGGAGGCUCGAAAUUGUGCCUGAGAUUGACGAAAGAAGCCACGCCAGAAGGCAAAAUCAAGGUUUGAAUGAAAAAAUGUUCAAAUUGUUGAAGACUUUCUAAAAUUUUUAACAGCUUUAUUUAAAUCAUUUACAGUCUUAGAUCUAGAAAUUUUUUUAUUGGUGAUUGAUUUAUCACAGUCAAUAUUCUCAAAUGUAUCUGAGAAAGAAAUAAUUUUUCUAAUCGUGGUAAAUGCAAAAUUAUAAAUUUUGAAUGGUUUUUAAAAUCUGAAGAGUUAUUUGAUUAUGAAUCAAAAAAGUAGACUUCUUACGGUUUCUGAUGAUUUUUUUGAAUAUUAGAAUUUUUUCUAGACAACCUUAUUCACAACUAACUCUUUACCUGAUAAAAAAAUUUGAGAAAAACUUAAGUUUUAAGAUGAAAAUGAUUUGAAACGAGGUCUGAAAAAUUACCAAAUCAAACUUUUUUUAGGCCGCCCACACUUUGGCAAAACUUGGAUCCAAGGCGAAUCCAGAAAUCGCGUUCCCCGGCCAACGUUCCUAUGAGGUUCGAAAGAGAGGGAAGAAAGUACCUAAUGUUUAUUUCCAUUCGAGGUUGUCAAACCUUUGGUCGAACUCCUCCAUCCGGAUAUCGACGGCAAAGCAAAUUACGACGCAUUGCUCACGUUAACCAAUUUGGUUCGUUCGAAAAAGGAGAAAGUGAUAUUAUGCUUGAAUAAAUUGGACGAUUUGAAAGUUUUUCUUUGGAACAAAAAACCGUUGGAAUUUAAAGUUUUGCCUUGUUUUCGAAAAAAGCGUCUUAUUUUAAAUAAAAAAAAGUUGCAGAGAAAAGCCAUUUUUUUGGAAUAUUCCUUCUGAAAUUCACUUUUUAGGCAAGCGUGAGUGACUCGAUCCGCCAAAGAAUCCUCAAAGAGAAGUCCAUUCCGAAGAUUGAAGAGUUUUGGUAGGUUUUUGUCUUUUUGAGGCAACAAGUGAAUAUUCAAUUGAAGGUUCAUGACUGAUCAUCCGCAUUUGCGAGCUGCAGCAUCUGAACUUUUGCUCAACCUUCUCUUUUCCGACUCCUUCUUCCAAGAGACUGUUAAGGUUGUUUUUUAGAAUAAUCUCACGUCUUUGGUGAAGAAACUCCUUGAGAAAUUAUGUUGAUUUUUUUGUAAUUAACAUAAAAAAAUGAACUGAGAGUAGGGCUUUUGCGAAACGGACAAUGUUUAAUUGUGAAAAAAUUAGGUGUGAAAUAACAUAUGAAUUAAUUCUAAAGCUUUUUUUACCAUUUUCUAAUACUUUUUCCUCUGCAGGUGCUAUUUUUUUCAUUUAAUAUAUGAAGAUUGGAAUAAGAAAAUGAAAAAAAUCAGAGGCGAAUGAUAAGCUGAUUUUUUUUUAUUUCUUUGUCAAUUUUACUGAAACAUAAAUUUACAAGGUUGUGCUGAACUAGUGCUCUUUUUAACGAGUUUCUGAAAAGUUUUGAAAAAGUAUAUUCAAUAGAUGUUUUUUUUUCUUGUUGAAAAGGGUGUUUCCAGAAAGGAACGGACCGACUGAAGCUGUGGGUUCUGUACGCGGCGGAGGCGGAAGACGAGCGGCUGUCGAGGGCGGCUUCUGCCGCGUUCGCCGUCCUCAGCGAAGACGAGAGCGUCGGCCAGCGAAUCCUCGACGAAAUCCAGUCCUGGCCGCAAGUCUUCAAGGACAUCGCCAUGCACGAGGACGUCGAGGCACGAGAAUUUUAAACAGAAUAAAGUCCAGAUUUCUAGUGACAAAUUUAGUGACGUCAUCCAAAAAUGCUCUCUGGAGUGCUUGCUUUUUGAUUGGUUGAACGCAGUACUAGGGGCGGAGCUUCAGUGAUGAAUUGAUUUUCAAAACCUGAGCAGACUAUAAAAGGUCUUAACAUUGGUUCAGAAUGAUCCCUAUGUUUUCUUUCCAACUGCGAGAAAGAAAAAGCUAAAAAAAGAGGUAUUCCGGAAGAUAAAGUUCACCAUGGCUCUUUUAAAGUUUUGAAACUUACCAGAAAUGGAACUUCUGAAUGAGGCUAGGUAGUUUUUUUUUUUUUUGAGCUGAUUCUGGCCUCAAAAGUCGCCUAGGUAUUCAGUAAAAGGUUCGAGCCCAUUUUGGAAUGGUAGUUGGCCACAGACAAACCAGUAGUUUUGAUUUUACAACUUUUCGAGCAAAGAAAUAAGUUUUUCAAAAAAUCAAACGGAUAAUUUCCUAAACUGAAAUUUUGAUGGGCAUAUAUAGAUUCAAUAUGGAACCUAGCUUUUUGAAAAACGAUUGUAGAGUCUAAAUUCAAAAAAAUACACUUUCAAAUUCAUUUCAUUAGUUUCAAGUUUUUACCGCUUGACUUUUUCCAUGAGAUGCAUGACAACACCCUCAAUCGCAAAAAAAAAAAAAAAAAUCUCUUGAACAUUUUUCGUAAUUGUGUAAAAAGGAUAUAAUAGGGCAUAUUUAGACUCAAAAACGCGGUCUGAUCGGUAUCACUCGAGUGAUGGAAAGCAGUGAAAAGUGUUGUGCCGAAGUUGUUGCCGUGAGUUCAAAAAAACUAGGAUUCUGUGGUAAAAUGAAGAUUUUCAGUCAGAAGUCUUCCGAGUUUUGGUCGCGAUUACCAAACUUGGAGGAAUCAAUAACGAAAGGAAAGGUGCCACUGAAGAGGUUUGAAACACUGAAAAACAUGAUAAAAAUCCUUCCAAAAUCAAAUUUCAGGCCAAAAAAGCUUUGGCGGCUGCUGAAAAGUUUGGUUUGAUCAAGGCGACUGACCGUGAGCUCUACGAAAGAGCCAAUAAUAUGUCCACAAUCGAGGAAUAA